GAAAAAGAGGCUCAACCCGGAAGAGUGUCGCACAGUGCUGACGAUUCUCUCCAUUCAGAGCAGAAUAUCUCUGGAUUAUCUUCUUCUUUUCAGAGAUUUAAGCUCAAAUAUUAACAGUAAGAUCAUCGUUGAAGAUGAGUGUCGGCUGACGGCAGCGUGGACCCGGAGGAGCAGAGAUGGAGACUCUUCAGUUAGACUGAGUUUGUGUUUACUCUGAUGAACGAUGAUCCCGGUGUCUCUGCUGGUGUUUGUGAUGGCAGGAUGGUGUGUUGUCUAUCUGACAGACACCAUGCUGAAGGUGAGGGGUCUUACUUUAAUCAUGUCUUUAUUAUUUAAGGUUAUAGAGAGUUAAAAAAGAAGAGCAGGAGUGUUUUACACGAUCGAUAAGAACAUCACGACUCUCUGUCUCCCACGGUUUAGUUUCCACAGACACAUUUACACGUAAAUAACAAGUUAAAUUCACUAAAGUCACUUUAAAACCUUAAAUUUAGACAAGCUGGGAAAUGAAGUUUGCUCCUGUAGAAAAAAACGUGCUUCAGUUUAACACAAACUUACCUGCUAGAUAGACUUUCUUCUCGACAAAACAAGUAAAUUACAGGUUAAAUUCGCGUUUUAACUCAUGAUAGUAUCGAAUAUUAUCUUAUAAACAGGGUCUGAGUAGGUAAAAGUGAAAGUGAAAGUAGAGACGCUUUGAAAAAGAGUAACGGUUUACCAAACUGUAGGAUUCUAAGGAUACUUGAUUCUGAUUGGUCAACGCCCCAUAGCAACGGUCUGUUAUUCGUCGUUUCUGUACUCUGAUUAUGGACACGAGUUUCUGCUAUAUCAUGAUAAUCAAAGUCGUCUAAAAACAAUGUUUGAUAUCAAGUCUGUCAGUAUGUUUACAUGACACUCAAGAAAACCGAAUUAUCACCUUACUCCGAUUAAGACCGGACAACUGAAGGUCAUGUGAACACCUUAGUCUGAUUAAGACACCCAGAUAACGCAAUUGGAAUUCGAUUCUCUCUACCAUGUAAGCAGCGUAGUCGGAGUGUGAUCGGACAAUGCCUGUACAUGCGCCACGCCCCCGUAACUCUUAAACAGAAACCCCCAGAGUAGAGGAGUAGUGUUCAUCUCUUCUUUAGAAAAAGUAGCGCGUCCAUCAUGUCGGACAAAAACAACGCUGUACGAUGCUCCAUCUUCUUGUUUCUCCAGCAGCAGUUGUAGACACUUCUGACGUCUGACACCGACCUGCUGUUGUUGUUGACGGUUGUAUGGGGUCGGAAACAGCGCCGCUGAAAAGAUCCAUAAAUACUUUUUUUUUUUUCCGCCCAGUCCUCAGUGACACACCGGAUCAGGUACGAGUCCUGGCUGUCGAGUCGAGGCCUGAUGUUGUCUCCUUUCCACGUGAGAUGGCAGACCACCAUGUUCAACCGACUGUUCGCCUACUGUGCUCGGAUCAACCCCAGAGCCCUUCACCUGUGGUGAGGACUGCUGUCUGACUUUAUAUACCUUUAUAUAUUUCUUUAUAGGCUAAUCCAGCGGUUUGACACCCAGAUUAAGAAUGAAAAGUAAACAGAGAUUAGAUUAGAGUUUUUCUUCUUAUUGUUUGAACUUAAGCUACAAUAGAAAAUAAAUCAGGUCAACUGCUCACUGUUGAUUUGCCUUCAGAUACAUUCACCACAUUUAAAAAUGACUGAACUCUCUGAAUAUCGACCUCCCUCAGGUUCAACAGCGGUCUGGUGUUUGGUAUCGUUGCCAUGGUGGGUUCAGUGGUUCUGUUGAUAAAGACGCUCCAGCAGACGCUCGCUCAGAUGACCACGAACAACCCUCGCAUGGGGGGUCAGCAGGCCCUGCAGGUGGUGGUACGUACGCACGUUUAUAAACUUGUUUUAGAGGAAGUUUAUACAACCUCCACUCUCUUCCCUUUACAUAAUUAAGAUCCACCCCUCCACACAUCUACAUGCUGGUUUUUUAAACUACCAUCACAGCGCCAUCCUGUGGAAUCACAUGGUUCUGACUCUCACAUCCAGGGUCUGAUCUGCUCCAAAUUUCCCAAGUUAGAUGACGGUCCCAGUCUGAACUCGUCUGCAUAGUCUCAUCUUCCUCUGCAGCUUUAAUUUACCUGCUUUUAAUACACCUGAUGUGCAGCCUUAAGGUUCUUACACACCAGGAGCGUUUUUUUUCGGAUGUCAGUGUUUUUUUUUAAACAUCCUGUCAAUACAAGCGUUCACAUCAGCGACAUUUUCCCGUCCUGCGAUAUUGCGGCAUUUAUUUUUCUGUAUAUCGGUCUAUAUUUCGGAUGAUAUUUCUUUGGUAAAUAUUGUACACCUUUAACAAUAAUAAUAAUAAUAAUAAUUAUAAUAAUGAUAACUUUAUUUUUAUAUCAAGUUUACAAAGUACUUUGACAGAACAUCAGCACAUGGAAAUAAAACAAAUAAAAAACAAAAGCUCAGUUAAAAAUAAGGAAAAUUUUAUUUGUCAUAAGAAACUCAGACAAUACAAGAACCUACAACAUAAAAUGAGACCAUGAGACCAAAACAAAAACUUAAAAUAGGUAAGAGAAAGAAAUACAAUAAAAAAGGGGGGAAGAAAGCAGGAAACAGGAUAGUAAAUAUAAAAAGACAAUAGUAAUAAUGAUAUUUAAGUCAUAACAUAAUAAUAAUAAUAAUAAUAAUAAUAAUGAUGAUAAAAUGGAAAAACAAAAAUGAGCAGGAAAAACAAUAAAAUCAAUAAAAAACCUAAAAGGUUAAAUAAGAAAAGAUUAUUAGUAAAAGAAAGAUUAAAAAGACAUUUAAGUCGAAAUAAGAUAAAAGAGGUAAAAGACAGAAAGGAGUGCAUAUUUUAGUGUAUAUUUUUGUAUGUGCAGGAAUAUAAAAAUGUACAAAUUCCCGAUAAGCUUCUGUAAAAAGUAAACCUUUCAUUAAUUCUUUUUUAAAACCUGCUGGACUCGUGUUGUUCUCAUUAAAAAGAUGUUUCUGUUGGUCCCCGUCUCUCUGCUCGGUGUUCAGGGUCACAGAUUAAGUGGAGUUUACGGUUUUAAUGUCCUUCAAAGUUCACAAAAAACUCCUGAUAUUCAAAUGAGGGGCCAGAAAAUGCCCCCAAUUAUGUGAAGGGCUCUUAUUUAGCAUUUUCCUCCCGCACACUCUCUAUUCAUGGAGGUGUCAAACAGACGUGCAUUAAUGUGAGCGCUAUCCCCACCGGACCGCUGCAGGUGAUUCAUGUGGAGCUAUUAGUCGGCCAUUUAUAACCUGCUAUUCAGCCGGGAGCUGCAGAAAACACAGACGCCGAGUGUAGGAGGGAAGAGCCGAGCUCACAGAGGACUCGGUCCAGACCAGGUCCAGAUAAAUCACCAUGGAGAUCCACAUGAAACUGAUUCAGACACAGAGACAGAUUAUUUUGACAUUUGAGUUUCUGCGUCGGUCACAGCCGUGUUUGCUCUUCUUCUUCUUCGUGUGUUUUUAGGUCCCGGGGGUCAACCUGCCCACCAGUCAGCUGGCCUACUUCUUCAUCGCUCUGCUGCUCAGCGGAGUCAUACACGAGCUGGGCCACGCCGUGGCGGCACUGAGGUAAAACAGGAGCACAGGUGUUCAUGGUGUCAGCUGUCAAAAUAAUAACCAGUCAGUUUAAUUCAAUCAAGACGACUUUAUCAUUUCCUCACGGGGCUCAGAAUCACAGACAUGAAUAACAGGAAACCCUCCUGAGAUGAACAGAGAGGACGAACAGAGAGACAAACAGAGAGGAUGAACAGAGAGUGCUGAUGGAUGAGGGGUUUUAAAUAAAGACGCUUAAAUGAGGAAAAACAGACGGAAAACAAGAAACUGAACGUCUGUUUAGAUAGAUAGAUAGAUAGAUACUUAGAUAGAUAGAUAGAUAGAUAGAUAGAUAGAUAGAUAGAUAGAUAGAUACUUAGAUAGAUAGAUAGAUAGAUAGAUAGAUAGAUAGAUAAAACCAGUAUGUAAGUGUAAUAACUGCAGUAGUACUAGCAGUUAAAUCUGUAUUUAGUGCUGAGGUUUGCAGAUCCUCAGGUUUUGUUAAACAGCCUGAUGGCUGCUGGAAGAUGAUUUUAUCAUCAUUUCAGGUUUGUCUUGACUUCUGGUGUCGUUGUUUAGUGAAGGUUAACGAGGUCUGAUGAUGCUGAUGAACUCUUGUCUGGUUUUAAAGCAUCUUAUAAGGAGGCGUCAAGAACAAAAUAAGAGGAAAUAACGUUUUUGUUUUCUGACAGAUUUAGCUCGACAUGACAUAUUUUUAGGUAUUUGAAAUUUAUUAUAUUCUAACACAUAAAUUUGCACAGUUGUGGUCGAUAGAUGUCCGUUUUCUAACAGCCAAUCAGGAGAGCCGAUAUCAGAUUGAUUUUGUUUUUAUCACUUCAAGUUUCUCAUCAAAAUAAAUAGUUUUGCUUCGAUGUUUUUACACCAACCUGCUGAUGGAAAUUUGCCGCUUUGUUAUAAUCCUGUGUGUUUACAUGUAAAUGUUUAUUAAUGUAAAUUAUCCCGUUUAAAAAAAAAAAAGAAUCCUAAAUGUAGACGGACAGACUUUUAACCAUCUGUUACUAUGGCAACAAAAAAAGGUCAAUAUUCUGGUUUAAAGGAAACUAGAACAAAGAAAAUAACAUAAUUGAACUGUGUAAUACAGAGUCAUUAAUUAAUGAUAUAAAUGGUUUUAUUAGUUAUGUCUGAGUUUAUAUUAAACUGCAAUAUCAUAUAUAACAGUAUUUAUAUUUAUUAACAAGGUUUAAGAUGUAAACAUGGAUACAGCACUAAAACCAGAACCUCAGAGUCUGAUCUGGAUCAGAGCUACUCUCUUCCUCUCAUCAGGGAGCAGGUCCGGGUCAACGGUUUCGGCAUGUUUGUGUUCGUGGUCUACCCCGGGGCCUUCGUGGACCUCUUCACCACACACCUCAACCUGGUCUCCCCCACCCAGCAGCUCCGGAUCUUCUGCGCCGGUACGACUUUUUCAUGUUUCAGUGAUUAUAAAUCCAAUCAUCAUUAUUAUUAUUAUUAUUAUUAUUAUUAUUAAUCCUCCUCGGUCUGAUUUUCAUCUCAAUUAUCGGUGAAACACUCGCCAAGGUCACUCUGAGGUCUUUGGUUUCUGAACAGCAGCUCCACAUCAAAUCACUCCACGAUUAAUCAGAUUAGAUUUUAAUGAACCGGACGCCGUGGCUGGCGGUUAUUCCCGCAUGAAUGAGGCGCUGAAAGUCUCCUACGGUGGCCUGUAGGAGACUUUCAGCUGGAAUCCUGUAUCCUGCACGAACGGGACGACAUCUCAACUUAAAAAUCUCGAACAUUUAACGGUUAGAUUUCAUGUUUUUCCUGCUGACUCACUGCUGAUGGCGUCCACGCUCGAUUCUCCACGUUUGACAUAAAUUCAGAGUUAUCCUCCACAAACAAGGAGACGGUUGUCACGGUGAUUUGUCGUUCGGAGACGCUGAACUCCCUGCAGACGCUCAUGUGUCAGUUUACUGUCAGAGCGAGGAGGAGCACGGCUCUAAUGACAGGCCGGGACUUCCUCUGUGCGGCCACCAGAGGGCGCCGCAGAGCUACGUCUGCGUCUUUAACUCCUCAAGGCUUUUACACAACUUAAUAUGACGAGUAAAUAACCGGGUUGUGUGUCUGCAGGCAGCGGAGCGAGACAUCCAAUCAGGUCAUGUGACAGUCCAGAGAGAGAGAGAGAGAGAGAGAGAGAGGAGGGAGGGAUGCUGUUCCCAUCGGGGGGGUGGUGACAUAACAGCCUGCUGGGUUUAUUUACCCGUCUCUGUCUCUGCCGGUCCAGCAGAGUCGGUUCUGUCAGCAGGAGGUUCUUCACAGAAAACAUGUUUAUUAUUUAAUCUGUUGAAAAAAAAAAAGGUGACGCAGCGCCGACUCGUUCUUCUUCACGUCAUGAUGGGAAGUUUUUAAGAUCAGCUGAUUCUUCUUCAGGUCGACACGAUAAACUUCAGCCUCUCAGACUUUCUCUCUCCUCCUGCUCUCAUGUUUGUUUUUUAUUUUUAACCUUAAAGACUGUAAACUCGGCGGUUUGACCUCCACAGACAAUAAAACUUCUCCCUCGGGUGGUUUUUGGGCGACUCAGAGUUUCAGUUCUUAUAGAGACUUAAAUGUGGUCAGCGGCGGUUACCGUCCGCUCUUUACGUCCUUCAGAUUCUCAGGAGCUCCAGUCUGAAAUAAACCGCUCAGACUCUGAGUCUUCAUGACGUCUUACCUUCAAACAUGGCGGCACACCGACAGAUACACUCAGAGAACAAAUACAGAAUACGUCCUCUUCAAUCAAUCAAUCAAAUCGAUCAAAUCAAAUUCAAUCACAUUUUAUUUAUAUAGCACCGUCUUAUUCUCCACAUUUUAUUUCUGAAAAUAUCGACGAGUUUUGGCCGAUUACCGUUCAGUCUCAGCCGGGCUAAAAUCAGGCCCUGAAUGUUUCCCACAUGUAGAUGAAACUGUUCGUCAAAGUCACAUUUUUCUUGUUUUUCUUCUUUUGUCAAAGAAACCAAAUGCAAAUAAAGAUGAAGCAAAUUCACACAAACGGUGACGACAGGAUGACGACGAUAUAGAUGAUGUGAAUGAAACAGUUUGCUCCUCUAGCUACCAACACACCUACCACGAAUUACGUUCUAUUUAUAGCAAAUCAAACUCAACAAACACAAAAGAAAAUACGACAGACGACUCUAACGGAUAGUUUGAGUUUUUUGUCCGCUCUUCUCCGGUUUGAAGCGAUCCGGUCUUUAAAACUUGUCUUCUCCACCUUCUUCAGAAACAUCGUCAUCAUUCGUCUCUUCGUCUUUUCUCUCCAGGAGUUUGGCACAACUUUGUCCUCUGCGUGGCGGCGUUGGCCUUCCUCUUCCUGCUGCCGGUUUUCCUCUUUCCUGUUUACUACACCGGAGCCGGGGCGCUGGUCACUGAGGUGGUCCAGGUCAGUACAUCAGGACUUUGAACUACAGGGAUAAUCGGGUCCUGGGUCAGAGUUUCUCUUGAUUUGUUACUCUUCUUGCCCCCAAACCACCAGAACCUCCUUCUGGUUGAGUGAGAAGAUCAAUUAGACACUCAGAUGGUCACUUUUUCUCCUCCCUCCUGUUUUUUUGUGUGUGUUUGGAUCAGGGUUCUGCAGCUGAGGGUCCUCGGGGUCUGUCGGUCGGGGACAUAGUGACAGGUCUGGAGGACUGUCCGGUCAGGGGGGUGGAGGACUGGACCAGCUGCCUGUCUCGCCUCUCUCACACCCCGCAGACUGGAUACUGCGUCCCCGUCGCCAGCCUGCAGCCCAGCUGGGCCCACGGGCGAGGUGAGAGUCCGGAGAGGAUCAGGACCUGCUGCCCGCCGUGUGAUGAGUGAAAUAAGUUUGUGUGAGAGAGAGAGAGAGAGAGAGAGAGAGAGAGAGAGAGAGAGAGAGAGAGAGAGAGAGAGAGAGAGACGUCGGAGGAUCAUCUCAGUGAUAUCAUUGAGUUCUGGUCUAAUCACAGAGUCUGAAAACCAGCGGGUCAGAGGGAAACCGACACCGAGACAUUUAUCUUCGUUUGUUUGUUUGACGUGUUUUUUUUUUUCAGAGUCGUCUCAGUGAUCUAAUAAACCCUCUCUCAUCCAUCCAUCUCUUUUAUUUUCCCUCCCUUAUCUCUCUCUCUCUCUCUCUCUCUCUCUCUCUCUCUCUCUCUCUCUCUCUCUCUCUCUCUCUCUCUCUCUCUCUCUCUCUCUCUCUCUCUCUCUCUCUCUCUCUCUCUCUCUCUCUCUCUCUGUUUUUCAGCCUUCAAGCGUUUAGACGGAACGAUGGACUGCUGCAGCAACAACAGCCUGACAGACCUCUGCUUCUCCUACAUGCAGCUUCAGGGCAGGAAGGAGAGAGAGGUGACGCGCACACACACACACAGACGCACACACACACACACACACACACACAGGUUGGGACUUUUGGUGACUGCGUUGUCUUAUGAGUUGGUUUCCAGUCCUCUCAGACGGUCCAGCAUAUUUUUAUUUAUAUUUCUUCCUUGUUAAAUUUCCCUUUGGGGAUAAAUGAAGUUCUUCUUCUUUUUUUCAUUUCAGAUCCUUUUAUUUCCUUUUUUCUUUUAUAACAAGGUCUUAAAACGUCUAAAUCCAAUAAUUUGAAGUGUCUAAAAUUCCCUUAAAAUCUCAGAAAUCGUAUUAAAUUAGUUUUUGAAAGGAUGAAUAAAUGUAACUUACCAAUAAAUAACAUGUCAUACAAAUAAAGAUUAAUGUCUUCUUCAUGUCUUUUGCUCUUUUUUGCCCUUAUGGAUGUAAAAUGAGUCUUAAAAAGUCUUAAAAUGUCUUAAAAUCCAAUAAUUUGAAGCGGCUCAAAUCUCAUAAAUCGUCUUAAAUACAUUUUUGAAAGGUCUCUAAGAUCUACAAACGUUACUUACAAAUAAAAACCAUGCCAUACAAAUAAAUACUAAUAUUCAUUAUGGUUUAAAAAAGUCUAAAAAGUCUUAAAAUGUCUAAAAUCAAAUAAUUUGAAGUGUCUAAAAUUCUCUGAAAGUCUCAUAAAUUGUAUUAAAUAUGUUUUUAAAAGGUCUUAAAGAUGUAUAAAUGUUAUUUACAAAUAAAAACCAUGCCAUUCAAAAUAAACAAUAAUAUUAAUUGUGGUUUAAAAAACUCUUAAAAAGUCUUAAAAGUGAUGUGUUGAAACCUGCAGAGAGACUCUGUAUAACCAGAUUAAAAAAGAGAAAGAAGAUGCUGGUUUCAGAUUUUAAUUAUUUAAACUUUAUAGUUAAUUAAAAUUUGAGAUAAGACAGAAUAAUAAAUGUUAAAAUUGUAUUUUUUUUUAUAUUAAAUCAUAAAAAUAAUAUAUAAAAUAACCUCAUAAGAUAAGAAGAUCAUUCAAAUGUAAUGGCAGCAUAAAGUUUAAAAGAGUGAGGACAAAAAAACACUAAAAAAGUUAAAAAAAAACUCCUCCCAGCUAACGAUGAUCAGGUUUUGAAGGUUCAUUCAGGAGAGUCUGAGUUUCAGGAUCAAGUUCUUUGAGGAUUUCACCGUCUUCAUGACAAAACAUCAUUAAAGGAUUCAGAGAAUCUGGAGAGACGAGAAGCAAACAUUAGAUAGAUGUGAUCUUAGAGCUUCCAGACUCGGCUCUGUAGUGGAAAACACUGCAUGUGUAAAAAAAGUCACUGUCUGUUUAAUUCAUCUGUAAGCAUGACCCUGAAAGACUUUGAUUAGAGUUCAAACAUCUGAAGGACAAUUUUCACUUCCUUGUUUUGAUUUUAAAGAAACGUCUCUGUGAUUGAAUUCCUCUUUUUUAUUCCCUCUUGAGUCUGUCGUCUGUGUGAUUUCAUUUAUUGAACAAUAAAAUCGAUCAGGACGCUCCAAAAGGUCAUUUAAUUUACUAAGAUGUAAUCUAUUUAGAGAUGUCACUGAAAAAAACUCAUUUUCAAAUUAAAAACGUCUCUUUUCUCCGCCCCCGUGUCUUCCUCUGUGAUUUCAGUUCGCCUGCAUGCCGGUGCGAAAGAUGGUGAUGGGGACGCGGGUGUGCAGAACCAACGAGGACUGCGCGGCGGUGCACGCCCACUCUGCUGCGAGCAUCUGCGUCACCCCGUCUCUGGAGAACCAGACCCGCUUCAUCCGAGUCACACACCCGCCCAACACACACAUGCUGUUCGUGGGGUAUCCGCCGCACCUUCAGUACGCGGGUACGCAGAGAGAGAAACCACGCUUUAGUUUUUUAACCUCUGAAGUGAGGAGGUGGAAAAAGAACCUCAGAUGUGUUUUUGAUGGUCUUGAGUUCGUCUUUGCUGGUGUGAGUCUCAGCAGGACCUGAACAGAGUCUCCGAUCGUCUCCAACAUUCAUGUAAUUGUUGUUUAUUCCCAGCUGACUCCUCCACACAGCAGCCGGGCAGGAAGCGGCGUGUUGAAGACUGUUAGAGACGUGCUGAUUGGCUCAAACAGAGUCUGAGUUAAACCUGCAGUUAUCCUCAAACACCUCCGUCCUGACGUCUCCUGUUUUUUCCUUCUCCUUCCAGUGAGUCUGACAAACUUCAUCCCCCGCUUCGGUUUCCUUCACCUGGACCUGCCCGUCUUCUUGGAGACCUUCUGCAAGUAUCCUUUCAAAUUAAAAGCCCCGCAGACAUAACCAGAUGAUGGAUGUGGGAGAAGUCGGCUCGUGAAAUGUGAGCGCUCCUCUUCUGUCGAAGUCACUCCUCCAAAUCUAAACAGAUGAGGUUGUUCUUUAAAGGAGGAGAGUUUAAUUCAUGUCCUCGUCUGCGUCGGCUCAAUGAUGACCAUUUCACUCAGUCCUGCUCUCUGAUUGGACCUCACACAUAUUCUAAUGUCUGUUAUUUCUGGAUAACAGUCUCCCUAUUUUAGCAUCCAAUCAUUUCUCCUCACAGUGAGGAGGCACUUCAGCGGUCUGAUGACUGCCUGUCCCAGCAGGAUCAGACGGAUGUAGAACUCAUCACCACAAACUUUCUGCUUCUCCUCUUUUCAAAACCAAAGUGAACUUUUGGGGUUUUUGAUCGGAGAUGGCGUCUCCUUCAUGUUCGCUAACCUCCGCAGCUGUGAACCUUUAAUCAUCCCAGAGAAGUCAGAGCGCCGUUAACAAAAUCGCUGAGUGGACUUUAUCGUUAAGUGGAGGCUCUGAAGUAGAGCUGGGCGAUAAAACGAUGAAUUUAUCGGAAAUUAGUUUCCCUCAAUAUCAGUAUAAAACAGUCAAUAUCCUUUUCGAUAGUCGGCAUUCUGCGAUGUUUUGGUAGAUUAUAUAAAUAGCCAAUGAAAAGGGGAGUUUCUCCAAGUCCACUUCACACUGAACCAAUCAUGUCCUGAAUUAGAACCAAGUAGCAAACAACUGUGUCAUAGCAGACUUCAUAUCAUCGUCAUUUAAAGGGACAGUGUCUUUAUCGUCAUUUAAAGGGACAGUGUCUUCAUCAUUUAAAGGGAUAGUGUCUUCGUCAUUUAAAGGGGCAGUGUUUUUAUCGUCAUUUAAAGGGAUAGUGUCUUUAUCGUCAUUUAAAGGGGCGGUGUAUUCAUUGUCAUUUAAAGGGGCGGUGUAUUCAUCGUCAUUUAAAGGGACAGUGUCUUCUCUGUGGCUGACGAUAAAUUCUAAAUGUGAAUAUUAUCAAACAUGGAUGAUGACUAAUGAGGUAACAGCGGUCGUUAUGACAGUUUAUGACCUCAUGCGUUGCUCCGCCCUUGUGUUUCCUGUCCUCACUUUGACCAUUUAUUUAAUCGUCAAGUUUUAAUUAACUAUUAUGCUAACAUCGUUAUUUUGAUAUUUUACGGCAGUGAAAAAUCUGACACAGUGACAGCGCUGCACUGUAAAAACCAAAUAAUGAAUAUCAAUUACACUGUCCAUCUUUCCAUUAUGACCUUUAACCCCUCCCUCAGGUAUCUCGUGUCCCUCUCCGGCGCGUUAGCCGUCGUAAACUCCGUCCCGUGUUUCGCUCUGGACGGUCAGUGGAUGAUGAACGCUCUGCUGGAGGCCACGCUGGUUUCCGUGGUGACGGACCGUCAAAAGCGAGAGCUGAUUGGUUUCUUCCUGCUGCUGGCGGGCAGCGCCCUGCUGGCGGCCAACGUGGCCCUGGGCCUGUGGAUGGUCACGGCGCGAUAACCGCCAUGUUGGAGCGAAAACUCCCAGAAUGAAACUCCAGCAGGACUGAGCGGCGCUCUCUCUGUCGGACCGUCAGACUGUGAACAGACUGAAACCGUUGAGGGAGACUUAGACCGGGUCUCUGAGGAUCUGCUCGCCCUCCAGGGAAACAACAACAACAACCUUCUCCUUCUUCUUCUUCUUCUUCUUCUUCUUCUGCUUCCACCUUGUUGCCGCCAUACGCUCAAAGCACAUCUUUAAAUGCACUCGCUGUAAAGCACCGCCAUCCUCGACUGUUUACAAAAACGACUGAAAAACUGACCGUGUGUUUGCGUUUGAAUGAAGACUUCCUGUUUUGUGAUUGGUUGGCUUCAGUGUGAGGCGUGUUUAUAACGCCUCUCUGUCAUCAGCAAACGCCGGGCGCUACCUUAACCCUCGACUCCGUAUCACUGUUAAAGACACGUUGCUACCUAUUAUUCAAGCGUAUAACUGACACCAAAAACACCGAGUAUAAACUGAAAUAAAGGGUUAAUGUUCACGUCACUCAUUUAAAGAUAUAAAUCCAUUCAGUCAAGUGUCUUUCUCCGCCGAGGGGGAUUGUAAACGGAGAAAAACGAUCUCCACUUUUAAAACUCAGAUUUGAGUUUGAUGUUUUUAUCCUCUUUGUGUCGAUGUUUGUGGAACAGAGAACUUUUUUUCUCUAUAAUUUAAGAGCUUCCUGUGAAAGUGUUUAUUAAUAAAUAGAUUUUUUCUGUUCAA